UUUCCCCUCAACCUUCUACCUCUCGCAAAUUAUAUAUAUAUUUUUUUUACACAAGCUGACUAUCAUUUAUACAUAUUUUUCUUUACAACUCAAUAUGACCGUUAGCAAAGGAAAUAUGCUUCCAUUUGUUCCGGUUCAAGCUGGAUCAUGCCUUGCACCCGCUAAUGCCCGGCCGCAGGCUUCUUCUCACAGCCCAACCAGCCACCCAAGCUAUCACGGCGACUCAUUCGCUGGAUAUUACAAUAUUGCGGCUAGUAGCAUGUCGCCACUGACACCACAUCAGCCCAUUUAUCUAGCCUAUAAUCUUCAAACCAGCCCAAUUUUAACAUCAAGCACACACCACCACUAUAGCAGCGCCCCCUACAGACCCCACUUUCAUCCAUACAUGGCCCCCACCGCCACGUCGGCUCAAAUGGAGGCCAGCCCGUGGAAUGACAGCAGCGUUAUGGACAGUGGCUACCCAUGCACAAGUCCAAAAGCUGCCGAGGAGCGUGAGCACAAGCGGCGUAAAUCGCAUUCUCAAAUGGAGCGGCGGCGGCGCGAGCGCACAAAUGCCGUUAUAAAUGAUCUCAAGGCACUCAUUCCAUCGCUCCAGAACCGCGACAAGCCGCAAAAGCUUGAGGUUCUGGAGAAAUGCGUCCAGUAUAUCAGAGAGCUCCAGUCAACGGCGAAUUUCCCGUUGUCUUCUUUGAAGCGUCGAAGACAUCGAGUUCAGUCGUUUGACAGUAAAGUUGAGCGUUUUGACCAGGAAUCGGAUGAUGAGCGCAAUAGCUGUACUUCUCACUACCUUACCUCGACAUCACCCUUUCAGCGCCGCCGGCGUCUGUCAGUCACUGUGAAAAAUUCUGCUUCUCUUUCUUCUCCUUUUUCUUCGAUGCUGCCUUCGGGUGGUGGUGCUAUUUGGUCGAGCACCAUGCCGCUUUCAAAUGCUCGUGCUGCAGGUGACAGGGUCGUUACUGCUAUCGACGCAGUUAGCGCUGAUACAUGCACGGAGGACUGGGGUGCCUUUGGUCGGCAGCUGACCAGUAACAAUCUUCCGGAUCUUGCUGUGCAUUCCGCUGCGUCGUCGUCUAAUGCAUCACCGAUUAAAUCCAAUAUCGUGCCAUUCCACAGCCCCCUUCCCAUGAUUGGCUGCGAUUCUGAUUUCAAAAAACUCGCUAGUGCCAACACCACUGGCUUGUCGCGCCAGUCGUCUCCAGGUGGGAAGACAUCCAUUGAUUUUCUGAUUACUUGAACCAGUAUUUGUAGAUUUUUUUGUGCUUUGUAUCAACUAAAUGUAAUAUGUCCAAAUUAA